AUGAAGACCCACGCGGCCACACUCAUCAUCUUGCUCCCAAGCUUGAGCCGCGCCCAACACGAAGAGAAUGGCGCGGAAGACUUUCUUUCGUGGCAGGAUUCCCCCAACUUUCGAGGAACCAUGGAUAUCAUCUGGUCCUGCCUCUUCACAGUUUUCGUUUGCGUCUGGACAGCAGUGCACCUGAACGUACCAGCUCCCCCCACCACCGACACAACGGUCAGGCUAUGGGCAAGAAGGAUCAAAUGGGUUGGUAACUGUUGCAUGGUUCCCGAGAUCGUCUUACUGCUGGCCGCCGGACAGUGGUCAUUUGCUCGCGCUUGUUGGCGGGAGAUGAGAGAAAUCAUUGCUGAACAGGACCAAGGACAUGAGAUGGAGUCGGGACUCUUGCAGUCGAAGCCGGCCCCGAGCCCAGAAAUCGAACCCAUCGGACCCUACUUCGAGUCGACACCCACCAAGAUAAAGACAGAGAUAACGCGGCCAAAGCUGCGGCGAUCCGAGACCUUCGAACAGCACAAGAAGAGGGAAAGUGACGAGAGAUGGACGUUGCGGCACGCUUUCUACGCCAACAUGGGCGGCUUCCGUCUUCGAGACAGGACCGGAGCAGUACACAUCAUCACCGCCAAGCACAUCAACUACCUGGUCCAGGGAAAAUAUAUCGACCUUCCUAAGAUAACCCCGCUCGAGAUCAACGACCGGAGCAAGUCCGACUCCCUAGCCAAGUUUCUGGCCAUCAUGCAAGUCGGGUGGCUGGCAGUCCAGGUGGUUGCCCGAACGAUCCAGAAGCUGGAAACCACGACACUGGAGAUCACCACUCUGUCAUUCGUCGUUUGCACGUUGGGCACAUUCAUUGCAUGGUAUCGGAAACCCUACGACGUGCAAACCUUUGUCAUUCUCGAAAUGCCCGAUCAUGCGAUAGAGGAUAUCGACCUCAAAUUAACCCGCAGGAGCGACGGCACCGAGCGAGAUUUGCUGAAAGAAUAUGUUGCAGGACAUCAGACAAGUAAGGUGGUCGACGACAAUGGGAAUCUCUUGGCACCAUACAACCGGUUGACCAUCAUCGAUGAUGGUCUCCCAACAUUCACGGCGUCCUUCACGGACGUAUAUGGCCACGUCUGGGGCCGGAGACCAUACGAUGCCAACCGGAUCAGGAAUGACCGAUUGCCUGUGAUGGAAAAGCCUGUCACGCUGGUCUGUGCAAUCACCACCGUCGCCUACGCCGGCCUUCAUAUCGCAGCGUGGAACAUCCCCUUGGCCACCGACAUCGAGCAGUUGCUCUGGCGGGUCUCAGCGCUCGCCAUGAUGGGCUGUGUGUUUGCUUGGUUUUUCAUGGAUCAUUUCGAGGAGUUUUUGGCUCGCAGAAGGUCCAAGAAAGGGCAAGUGACCGGGGUUAUUGUCCCCUGGUGGAGGAUCCCCGCCUCGAUCGUGGUAACGAUCGUGUACAGCCUGUGCAGGUUGUAUGUCCUGGUGGAAUCGUUUGUGGCGUUGAGGAAGAUGCCACCGUCAGCAUAUCAGCAGGUGGACUGGGGCCGAUGGGUGCCCCAUAUUUGA